CAGUCGACAUCAAAGGUUGUGGAUUGCUGCUGAAAGGUGUUACAGUACAGUAUAGUAGUCUCGGAGAGACCUUUGAGUCGUACACAUCUAACCAUGUCGGACACACCACCCUCACCGACAAUUAGAAACACUCUAAUCAAGUGCCCGGCUUGUUUACGUCUCUUUGACGAGUCCAGAGUUCCGCAUCGGCUAGCGUGUUGUCUCCGCUCUGUGUGUGAGCUGUGUUUGAAGGACCACUACGCUGAAGGGACCCUGCAGUGUCCACUGUGCCGUCAACGACAUCAUUUACCCAACGACGUUGGCUCCCUACCACCAGAUACACUCGUGCAAAAAUUCAUGGAGGAACGGAAGGUCAGGACCGGAAGUCGUCUGCCGUGCACGGAUUGCCCUGACAACCACGAAGCCGAGUUCAGAUGUGAGGAUUGCUGUGUGUAUCUGUGUAAAGAAUGUCAUACCGCUCACGCCAGGAGUAAAUUUAACCUGAAACACAAGGUCAAUGUUCUGGAGAAGUUGAGAGGAAGAAAUCUAAAUGAAUUCCGAGUCCGGCAUAAAUGCAGUGAACAUCAUCUCUCACAAGACUUCUUCUGUAAGACAUGCGACGUGGUCAUCUGCAUGUCUUGUUCUUUUGAUGCUCAUGACAAAAAUAACGGACACACUGUUGUCACGGUAGAGGACGCGCGCGCAGCCAAGGCGCUGGUCAUAGAGGACAAUUUGACAAAGCUUGAGGAAAAGGCUUUGAAUCUGGGAAAGAAGGUAGGAAUGCUGGAGAAAAAUGUAGACAGAGUCGUAACGGCUAGACAGGAGGCCAGGCGGACGAUCCUGGCCACAUUUGAUAAACUACUGGAGGAGCUGAGGUUGCGGAAAGCUGUAAUUCUCUCCGAUGUCGAGGACAAGUCGAACAGGUUUCUCAUGCAGGCUGAAGAUGCUCUGGAAUCAAACAGGAUACUUCUGAACCGAAUCGGUUCAUCGAUACCGCACAUGAGAGAACUAAGAAGCCAGGCUGACAAGACGGAGGACCUACAACUGAUGGCGUCCUCGGCCGCCUCGCUCACUGCUAUGCUGGAAGAAACGCCACUUCACCUUGACUUUGCACGUUCAGGUGUCAGCUUUGUGCCGGCCAAUUCAAGCCAGCUGAUUUCGACUAUCCAGAUAACGGGCCUAGUGAGAUCUGUUGUCUUCUCCCCCAUAGAGAAGCCCAGGCAUGUGGAGGAGGCAGACAUGUAUAAUGUUAUCUCUCUGAAACCAGUGGAGAUACCUCAAGUCACCUUUGAGGAUGCAUAUAUCGGGGCAAAGGCAGGAGUUUUCUCGCCUUAUUUGGAGUGGGAUCCAUCUACUGUCAGUAGUGACGUCACUGUAUCUGGAACCUUGGUUACCAACGUCAUACCAAAACCCCCUUCCCGAGACGCCGGAAGUCGUCUGAAGGCUUAUCGACACGUGAUGACCUCCAAACCCGUGACCCUUGCACCCUGUCAAUGCGCUCUUUACCAGCUCAAGGUGAGAUUCUCAGUCAAUGAAGCCCCGAAGGAGAAUAACAUGAUAUUUGAGACAGCUCUGACAAGUAAACCUGUCGAUGCCAACUGGUUCAAGUCAACGGGACUGAGCGUCUGCGUCGUAGUGUGCGAAAACCACGAGGGUCAGCUGUGCCUCAAGGUCAUCUAUGACGGCAAAAUUCUAACAGAUGAGCCUCUCAUCGAGAACGAGGCAGGGGAAUCACGUGAUCUACUGCUAUGCGUCGUAUUGGAUAACGACAAGAAGAAGAAUGCAUGUCGUCGAUGUCGCUGAUGCCAGGAUUGUUCGGUCUAUCACUGAUAUAGAGCUGGACAAGCCGAUGUGGGUCAUGAUGGCGCUAGUGUCUCCACAGUGGGCGGAGUGUACAGGCCAGCUGAUGUCUGGUUGCUGCGCCUCGCUGACGCACGACGUCACCAACCUUCUGUCCUCUCUCUGUUAAAACUACAGAUGUUGGGUACAGUCAGCACCUUUAUGGGCCCUGAACUUGGAGGAUCAGUUCGUUCUCCUCUGAUAGUGUGGUUGCGUGUUCUUAUUGUGGAUCCAAAAUAGUAUAAGGUUUGGUUUAGUAGCCAAUGUAUACACAAUUUGAUCGGCAUAGAUGGAGAUAUAAAAUAUAUUUACAUAUAUUAAAAUAUAAAAGGUCAAUUUAUUUCGAAACUUUUGAAAUUGAUUAUUCCAUCCAUAUAUUUUAAUAUUCAAUAUGUACCGGCAUAUAUUUCAACAUAUAUAUUUAAUUGUCCAAUUUUGUUAAAACACACCAUUGCACGAAAUUGGAAAAGGUCGUUCAGGAACAAAUCCGUUGAAAACUAUAUUUUUGCAGUAGCAUCUUUUUUUGCAGAUGUACGUCUAAUAAAAAUGAUAAAAUUUUAAUAUUUUGAUAAUUUUAAUAAGUUCUACCUUUUCUGCCCGCAAGAGAUGGAUAGUCAUAAUCAGAGACACUAUCAGCGCCGAUAGAAAAGAUUUGGGGAAUUCCAAUGUAUAAAAUGUGUCGAAAACGUCGAAAAAGGCAAAUAUGUUAAUAACCUUAGAUAAGACCCAUCAAUAAUUGUGUAUUAUACGACGAAAUAAAUACAUUUUAGGUCAGAUUUAAAUUUAAUGAAGAAGUAUUUUUUGAGUUUAUUGUUUUCAUGAAAAAUCGCUAAUGUAAGGUACUUGUUUAAAAUUAAACAUAUGAUAAAGUCUACUGUGAGGUAAGGUAUCUUUUGUACUUCAGUGUAGCUAUUGUAACAAUGACACGAAAAGGUGAAGGGCAUCAGGUUUUCGGCUGUUAAAUCAUGGCUAAGACCUUAUACAGAAUCAUUUCAUCUGGUAAUGUUUAACUCUUAUAAGCUACAAUAUAGACAAAAUCUAUUAAUGUUGCCCUUCAUAUCAUGCAUGACUUUGAUGAAUAUUCAUCAACGCAUUGUUUGCUUAUGCAUAAUAGAGUGUGUUAGUGUUCGUUGUUUUGAUAUUCAUUUUAACAAACAACCACGCCUUUCCUCGUUAACUCACUGGCUUUAUCAACUUACUACCUAGUCAAUUAUGUUAAUCAUGUUGUUUUCUUGGUUACAUUCAGUAUAUAUACACCCCCUCCACUUCACGUUACAGGGGUAGCCUUGUGGUUAAGCGUUCGCUC